GGUAUGUUUGCCAGGCAACUCCAGUGACCAAAAUGAAGCAGUGGAUAGUUGUAAUGCUACUGGUUCUCCUGAAUGUGCAAACUGCUCUGCCAUUACCAUUAGAACAUAUGGCGAAAGACAUUUCCAAAGCAGAUGUAGAAUUUGCAGAGGAUUAUCUGCAGAAGUUCUACUUGCCGUCUCCAGUGCCCGAAAGAAUUAUGAAAAGAAGUACUGAAACAAUGGCACGGAAUCUGGAAGAAAUGCAGUCAUUUUUCAAACUUGAUGUAACGGGGCAGUUGAAUAAAGAAACUUUAGAUAUGAUGAAGCGACCCAGAUGUGGAGUUCCAGAUGUCAGAAACUUCAGAGUUUUUCCACGAAGCCUGAAAUGGAAACAUAAUAAUUUGACUUACAGAAUUUUGAAUUAUACACCAGAUAUGGCACCUUAUGAUGUAGAUUAUGCAUUAGAAAAGGCACUGAAGAUGUGGAGUGAUGUAACACCAUUGACAUUCAAGAGAAUUUUUGAAGGCACAGCUGAUAUCAUGAUCCUGUUUGGAAGUGGACAACAUGGUGAUAAUUACCCUUUUGAGGGGCCAUAUGGCUUGUUAUUAGCACAUGCAUUUCCACCAGGAGAUAAUUUGGGAGGUGAUGCACAUUUUAAUGAAGAUAAGGACUGGUCAGCCACUUCUAAAGGGUAUAAUCUGCUUGUUACAGCUGCUCAUGAAUUUGGCCAUUCCCUGGGACUUGAUCAUUCUGAUGAUGUUGGAGCCCUUAUGUUUCCUGUUUACACAUAUGCUGAAGCCAAGGAAUUUACACUUGGGUAUGAUGAUGUUGAAGGGAUUCAGAGUCUGUAUGGUCCCUCACCAAAUCCUUCACCUGGUAAACCAGUUUACCCCAAAACUCCAGAAAGGUGUGAUCCAGAGCUAAGAUUUGAUGCCAUUACAGACCUUCGUGGAGAAGUCAUUGUUUUCAAAGACAGAUUCUUCUGGCGCAUACACCCACAGAUGGCUGAAGUGAGUCUGUAUUUAAUUAAAUCUCAUUGGACAGACCUCCCAGAUAAAAUUGAUGCUGCUUAUGAGUAUCCAGGAACAGAUUACGUCUAUAUUUUCAAAGGAAGGAAAAUAUGGGCUCUGAAUGCUUAUGACAUAGUAGAAGGCUAUCCUAAAGAUAUCUCCUUGCUGGGAUUUCCAGAAAGUGUUAAGAAAAUAGAUGCUGCUGUUCAUAUUUCAGAUAGUGAAAAGACAUGGUUCUUCAUUGACAGAAUGUACUGGAGUUAUGAUGAAGCAGCUAAAAAAAUGGAAAAAGGUUAUCCCAAAAAAAAUAGACACAGAUUUUCCUGGAAUUGGGAAGAAAGUGGAUGCAGCUCAUAAAUUUGGAGAUGAAAUCUAUUUCAUUCAAGGAACAAAAGCAAUUGUCUAUAACACCUAUUCCAAAAGUGUUGUACAUAUUAGAAGAGCAAAUUCCAUAUUACGUUGUUAGCUGCAUUGUUUAUUUGAGUCUUCUGAUGAGAAAUUGUAAACUAACUUCCAAAAGAUGGUACAGAUUUCAAGAUGUCAACACCAGUUUUCUUGCUUUACAAGAAUCAUCUGCAUCAUGUUUAUUUUUUGCUAACAUAUGUUGUAACAGUAUGCACUAAAUCAUGCAUAAAUUGCUUGUCAAGAAAUAUUUCAUUUAGCUGUCUUAUAAAGCUAUAUUAGUAAUAAAGUCAUUAGCAAAUUAA